AUGUCGAAGAUUGACGUUCACCACCACUUCUAUCCUCCAGUUUUCACUGAAGCUCUCAAAAAAGCAGGUGGUGACCCAUCAGGCUGGUUUAUUCCCGACUGGUCUCUUCAAGCAGACCAGCAACUUGGCAGCGCAAUUGGCAACGGCACCACCGUGCUUUCCAUGACUGCUCCAGGUGCAUGCAUCGAGAAGGAUGUAGCAGCAGCAGCUCAUCUAGCGCGUGCGUCCAACGAAUACGCCGCAGCCAUCCGAGACGCACACCCAAAAUCAUAUGGCUUUUUCGCUUCGUUGCCUUCCCUCUUGGACACCAAGGCAUCUCUUGAUGAAAUCGAGUACAGUCUAGAUGUUCUCGGAGCCGAUGGGGUGCUUCUCUUCACCCGCUACGGCAAGGACAACCAUUACCUCGGUCAUCCGGAUCUCAAACCCAUUUGGGAACAGUUGAAUCGGCGACAGGCAGUAGUCUUGGUGCACCCAACCCACGCCGUCGAUACAAACACGGUGAACUCUCAUCUUCCACAACCCAUGUUCGAUUACCCCCACGAGACCGGCCGUGCAGCCAUGGAUUUGAUCACUAAUGGUACGCUGCGUGCCUACCCCGAGAUGAGAAUUAUUCUCUCCCAUGCUGGCGGGACUCUGCCCUGGUUGAUUAACCGUCCUGCUGCCCUGCUUCCACAUACACCAAUGGAUAUUGGUCUUUCCACGGAGGAGAUCCUGGGCGAGGCCCGGAAGUUCUACUUUGAUACUGCUUUGUCGGCUUCUCACGAUAUGCUGGAUCUUUUGUAUAAGAUUGCGGACCCGACACAUGUGCUUUUCGGUUGUGAUUAUCCGAAUGCGCCUGUGCCCAGUAUUCACUUGUUCAGAGAACAGUUUGAAUCUUAUCAACAUCCGGAAGGAGACCAUGAACAGGUCACAAGAGAGAAUGCACUACGUAUUCUUCCUCGGCUGAAGCAGCGGUUAUCAGAAUGA